UUAAUUCCCAACCCACAGCUCGACUUAUAACUUACCUGCGCUCCAAUUGGCCGAACGCGAAGAAGAACGGAAGAAAGAAAAUCUCAGAACCAAGAGCUUGGCAGUUUGCGACGACCUGCACUCCAACCUGUAAGCUGCGACCCUCCGCCGCCCACGCCGCACCGCCCGCACGUCCAGGAGACCAGGCUGCUGCGUCCUUCAUCUCUCGGCUCUUCUUCCAGCUCUGGCGCGGGUUAAUUAUUAAAAUAUUUAGUGGCCAUACAAGGUAGUAGAAUGAAGGAAGCACCAGAGCUACGGAUUCCAACUUCAACCAAAAUUAAAUUUGACAAUGGCGACAGCGAUGAUCAUGAGGUCUCCUCAGAAAGUGAAGAGGAAGAGAUUGAGAAAGAACUUGCAGAAGUUACAUUUGAGGAGCUGCAGAAGGCACGGUCAGAUGGAUCUGAGGUGAUGUAUAUUAAACCUGCAUUGGAUAAAAAGGGUGGCCGGUCGAACAAAAACAGGCCGAUGGAGAUGAGCAGCAAGAAGCCUGUUAGCAGGUUUAGAGAAGCUCUUCAAGUGCCUAAAAAGGUUGUUCGUGAUCCUCGCUUUGAGUCAUUGUGUGGCAGUUUUGAUGAUGAAGGAUUCAAGAAGAGAUACAAAUUUCUUUAUGAAAAAGAUCUUCCAGCUGAAAAAGAGGAUCUAAAGAAACAAAUGACAAAAACUAAAGACCCCAAGGUCAUUGAUGAACUGAAGAAUCGUAUAUCUUGGAUUAAUAAGCAAUUGAAAUCUGCUUUGACGAAGAAUACUGAGAAACAGAUUCUAUCUGAACACAAGAAAAAACAGAGAGAGGCUGCAAAACAAGGGAAGCAACCAUACUACCUUAAAAAAUCUGAAAUACAAAAGCUCAAAAUUCGUGAGAAAUACAAGGAACUCAAGGAAUCCGGUAAGCUUGAAUCUUAUAUGGAGAAAAAGAGACGAAAAAAUGCUGCGAAGGACCACAGGUAUAUGCCAUACCGGCGUUCUGAAGAACAAGGAAAAUAGUGAAACUAGUUUGUUCAGUGGUCUGUUAUGCAGUCUUUUUUGGAUCCAUUGUCAUUUCCAUUUGUGAAGUGUUGGUUAUAUAGUUCAUAGCAACUUUUCUUUGUGCUGUGAUUAAUUAAUUUUUUAUUUAAGUAUUGCACGUUAUGUCGUUUAUUAUUGAAGACAAGUGGAAGUGUUGAUGAACGGAGUAGAUGGAUUCUGGUUAUGGAAUUAUUGAUGCGAAGUGGUCUAUUUUCUCUUUUAUUCUCA